GCGGAUGAGGCUUCGAAGAACUUGGCGCUGGGCUUCGCCGACGGCGACGUCUACAACUGCACCCGGUACUCCUCGGAUGCUGAGUGGAUUCGGCGAGUGCAGGGAUGGCCGCAGGAAGCCAUCGGAUGGUUCCAGGACUUCUUGCAGAAUCGUCCAGGCAAUGCUCCUCCCGACGGCUAUUUGCAGGACCUCAGCGCCGGCAAGCGGCCCGGCGAGGGCAGCACGCUCAUGGACCUGGCCCUGGCUUCGGACGCCUUCCGCCGGACGGACCCCGUGGCGGACCUGCAGAGGAACCUUCAGCGGCAGCCGGAGCUCGACCGUCAGCGCCAGACGGCGGAGAAGCGUUGA